AUGCCCGUGGACUUAGAGAAGACAGUAGCAUGCCCUCCCAAACUAUCAUCCGAACAGAGGCUUACCGUGGUCGAUUGGUAUGGCGAUGGCGACCCAGAAAACCCCCUCAAUUGGUCUGUGUGGAAGAAACUCAUGGUCGUUUUCACAAUCAAUUACUGCUCGACAAUGGUGUACAUGUCAGCGUCCAUCUACACCGUAGCACAGCCCGAGGUUUCACAGAUAUUUGGAGUUUCAAUUACAGCAGCCAGUCUUGGACUCGUCACCUUCAUUUUGGGAUAUGGCAUUGGCCCUUUAUUCUUUUCGCCCAUCUCGGAAUUGCCAGGCAUAGGCCGUAACAUUCCCUACGUCGGGGCAUUAGCAAUCUUCGUUGUCAUCUCUGUGCCAACGGCUCUGGCGCAGAACUUCGCGGCACUACUUGUGUUGCGAUUUCUACAGGGUUUCUUUGGAUCUCCUGUGCUUUCAACAGGAGGUGCUUCCCUCACGGAUAUUUGCAACACCUAUCAAAAGCCGUACUAUCUGUACUCGUGGGCUAUAUUCUCGCUGGCAGGACCGUCACUCGGGACGAUCAUCGCAGGCUACAGCGUGCCAAUCUUGGGUUGGCGCUGGAGUCUUUGGGAAAUUGUUAUUGCUGUGGGUCCGGGUCUACUCUUCUGCCUCUUUCUUCCAGAGUCUUCAGCAACGAACAUACUUCAUCGUAGAGCGCGCCGACUACGAAAAGUGAUGGGAGAUGCGACCUAUAUCUCGGAGGCUAAUAUCAAACUUGCUAACUCUACGGUGGCAAGCCGUUUCUACUCAACCCUCGUUGUUCCAUGGAAGAUAAACGCCCUAGACCCGUCCAUAUUGUUCACCAGCUUGUACAUGGGUCUCUUAUACGCAGUGUUCUAUUCCUUCUUCGAAUUCUUCCCUUUAAUCUAUGGCGGAAUUUACGGUAUGAGCACUGGACAGGUUGGUCUCAUGUUCUUGUCCGUGAUAGUUUCCGUCAUCAUCGCUGGCAUUCCUUACAAUGCCUUUGUCUAUUUCGUGAUCAACCCCUCGCUCCGAGAGGGCAAGGAAAUAUCACCGGAAGGUCGCUUGCUACCUGCUGUCAUCGCAUCUGGUCUAAUUCCAGUGGGGAUGUUCAUCAUUGGAUGGACAUCUAGGGCGUCUAUACAUUGGUUUGUCUCAUCGAUCGGGGUUGGUCUGGUCACUGGAGGAGUGAUCGUCAUCUUGCAAUGCAUUUUUGUCUACAUUACGCUCGCAUAUCCUCAUUAUGUUGCGUCGUUGUUUAGUGGAAAUGGCAUUGCAAGAGCUGUUGUAGCAUCUGGCGGUGUGCUUUGGUCGCAUCCGAUGUACGAGUCACUGGGAAUCAACUGGUCAAUGACAUUAUUGGGAUGUUGCUGCGCGGCCUGCGUUGUUGGGAUUUUUGUAUUGUUCAAAUAUGGUCAUAUUCUGAGAGCGAAAAGCAGAUUUUCAGGUUAA